CCCAAGCUUAACACACACCACUCCAAAGGAUUCCUAUUUUCAACAAUACAGGAAUAGUUCAACACUUCACCUUUAGCCCUCAUUUUCAACGUCUACCCUACCAAAACAUCGCGUAUUGCAAGUCUCUGAAGAGAUUCCUUUCAAGAUGUUUUAGCUAUCAGUUAUAUAUCACAUAUAAUUACUAGCUGUGUCUUAUAAUCCCCUUAUACCUCCUGUUUGACCUGACAAAGCUUUGCUUGUCCCCUCACAAAAUUUCUCCCAUAUUCAGUAUGGUGUCCAUUAUGACUCACGAAGAGUCCAUUCUUUCCGCCACCACGACUGAAUCCACGAACACUUGUGCGUCCGCGGCUCCUUCAAAAGACGAGCUUAAAAACAAACAAUUUUAUUCGGCGCCUAUGUCUAGCGCGCAACUGAUUAGCUCUGUUGACCCUUCGACCCACGAGAAGGAUGCCUCAAUGAUGGAAGCUCCUCCUAUGUUGGUAGCUGACGACUCGGACGAAUCCGACUGCACCGAAGAUUUGAACCACAAUAUGACCGAGAGUGUCGUCUCCCCCAGCGGUAGCACCUUUGCGACUGAGCUGGUCGCUAUCGUUGAGCCAAGCUCCGUCACUCCCGCACUGACCUCCAUGCAGAAGCGGGCAGACCCUUUGCCCCCUCAGGAGUUUCAUCGCCAGCGCACCCAGGUGAUGGAGUUGAUCGUCAAGUACAUCACGGCCCAGAUCCACUCGAAGUUCCCGAUCGACAUGUCCCAGCGAGACAAGGCCACGCAUCCCAACUUGCCUUUGGACAAGUUUUUGAUGCGUCUCUUGGCCGACUUGAAGGUUACGUUGCCGAUUUUCCAGAUUGCCGUUUUGUAUUUGUUCAGAUAUAUCAACUUGAUCUAUCUCCUCAGAUAUAUCAACCAGUCCAACAACCUCAUCUCCCAGCCUAACGGCCCGGUGAGUGACUUGGACUCGCUUCGCCAAUUGAUCAUCGGGUCCUUGAAAUUGGCGAUCUAUUACUACAACAAGCACUACAGGCCGACCAAGCCAAUCUACCACUUGGAUAAUGUCAACUGGGAAGCCGUGGCCGGUAUCUCCGACCAUGAGAUCAAAAAUGUCGCUUUCAAGAUGAUCAAGACCAUGAACGGUAAGUUACACAUCAAGGAUGCAGAGGUGCAAAAGUUGAACAUGGAAUUGUUCAAGUUUGUCAAUACUGUCAACUACCAAAAGCCAAUGGUGACCAAGGCCUAGCCGUAGAAUGUUGGAACGUGCGGGUGGGCGAGGCAGCUGCUUCGAUGAAAGGUUUGGCGUUUACUCAACUUCCGCGUCGCCUUUCUCCCAUUUCAACAAUAAACCCCCCUCACGAGCCGUCUGCUUAUGCGACAAAUCCUUCACUUCUUUCUUUUUAUUCGGUCUCUUGGGUUGCACUUUUGUAAUGUUCUGAUUUUUUUUUCUGGCUUUAUGGGAAUUAAAAUUGUAUAUCAAAUGGCGUAGUCCGUGGCGCGUAGUGUACUAUUAGUACCGGUGAGCUUGUGUUACCAAGAGCUAUCGGAUGGCGUAAAAUGAGGUGGG